UGUCCGUGUUUACAGAGCUGUCAGCUGACAGAACUACUGACACAUCUCGGGCCCCAGGGGCCACAGCACCCACCGGACAGAAUGGCCGAGGCCGUGAGACCACGGAAAGUCCGGAGCAAGAGCAGGCAGGACAAGGAAAAGAAGAAGCAACAUAUUUUUAAGGAUAUAAGCUCUGACAAAACUCUACUGGUGGAGAAAGAGAAGAAAAUCGCUGCUACAGUAUCUAUUUCUGAUGCAUCUUCACUUGCUCAGACUGCACAGAUUCCUAAGACAAAAGAGAUCCCUGAUAACUUUAUUGAAAUCCAACUUAAUGAUGAAACCGGUAUACAAGAGAUAACUGUGUCCGGUAACUUGCCUGCCGCAGCUUCUGUAGCUAAUGACGAACCACCUGUAGAAUCAAAUAAAACUACUGAAGACAUAAACAAUACAAACAUAAAAGAUCCAGUAUGUUUUUCUCCAAGACAGGAGGGAAACAUUCAAGGAGAUGGCUUGGUAACAAGCGUUACAAGUGCAAUGGAAUGCUCGGAUGUAUCUACAGAUUUGAAUGAAUGCAUUGCAGGGUCUCCAUGUUCCUCAGUUGGCAAACAGUCUGUAGAUGCUCAGGAGCUUCACCCCGCCGUCCUUACAAUGAAGGAACUCGACUCUGCGAACCCUCAACACUUUGUGGAAGCCAAAGAGAUUCUCCAUCUGCCAAAGGUGAAAUCUCUGUAUCCUGAAUUACCAGUUGAAAUUGUUGAUCAGAAAAGAGAUGUUGCUACAAUUAAACCUCUUGUACAUAUUGAACGUCUGUAUCCAGAAAUUCCCCAGCAGCCAAAGCCUCUCCCGUUCACAAAGGACCAACUGAAGAUAUUUGAGCCAUGCUCGUGGCUUGAGAAUGUGGAUUCUUUCACGGAUGAGUUUGAGAGCAUUGCUCAUCAGGACAGACAUGAAUUUCAUGAACUGCUCAUGAAUUAUGCUCGAUGUAGGAAGCAGCUUCUGUUGGCAGAAAAUAAGUUGCAGAUCAUGAUAUCUGACUGGAAAAAUAUUAAAAGCAAAGUUUGGGACUUCAAGGAGGAACACAUGACAGCUCAGGGACUUUGUGAAGAUCAGGCUAAAGUUGUUGGCUAUCAUCAUUACCAAACAGCUGACGUGAAUGAAUCUGCAUUAGGAGAUCUGAAGCGACUAUUUGAGCUGAAAUCUGAUCACUUGCAUCAGACAUUCGCCCUUCAUUCUUACACGUCCGUCUUAUCCCGUCUGCAGGUUGAAUCUUACAUGUAUGGAUUGGUCAAUAACUCCCUGUUUCUAAGAUCUGUGGCGAUUUAUCCACCUGACCAUGGUUCCCAAAAGCUAGAAGGUUCCCAUUCUGAUGUCAUCCUACUGAAGGAAUGUAUUAGUGUCUUGUUCAGCUUCACACGGAGAGUCAUUGAAGAUGUUCAGUUUCAGAAUGAUGUCCUCAUUUGGCUUCAGAAACUGGUGUCCAUCUUACUAAAAGUUGGCUGUUUGGGAGAUCACCUCUUCCUCCUGAACCACAUCCUUCGGUGUCCUGCUGGUGUCAGUAAAUGGGCAGCUCCCUUUGUUCAGGUUCGAGUCUUGCACAAUCCUGCAGGUGUUUUUCACUUUAUGCAGCUUCUUGCCUUGCUGAUGUGUCCUGUUCGAAAUCGAGUGGAUUUCUUGUGCCACAUGAAGCCAAAUGAAAGAAAAAGUUUGUCUUCUGGCAAAGAGUCUGGAAAUUGGACGUUAGUUGAUGAGGGAGGAGAGGAGGAUGAGGACCCAGAGACCAGCUGGAUGUUGUUAUCAGAGGAUGAUCUAAUUGCCCUUCUUACCCAGUUUCCUUUCCAAGAUCUGUUCAAAAAUGUUCUUGGUUUCAAUCAUAGAGGUGACUACUUCCCUGAGAAAACUACACCACAGGAAAUGAUGAAGAUGUUUGCUUUUACCAAUUCAUUAGUAGAUCUUCUGGCUCUUGGGCUAGAGACCUUUAACAGAGCACGGUAUCGACAGUUUGUCAAACGGAUUGGUCAGAUUAUACGGAUAGCUCUGAGCUAUGUGAGUGAUCACUGGGAACUCUAUCUGAGUAGCAAUAGUGCCUCUACCCAGAGUUCUGAGCUGUACUCCCUGGGUAAGCUGCAGGCGGGGUACGACGAACUGUUCCUGCGAUCUGUUCUCUAUGUCCUUAAAGCAAAAAGGCUUGGGAUAUGGCUUUUUAUGUCUGAGAUGCCUUUUGGAACAUUGUCAAAUAGUAUGCUCUGGAAGCUGUUUUAUCUCAUGCAUGACGCAGAAAGCGAGAGUAUGUCAGAGCUAUAUCCUACCAUAGACAUGACUGCAUGCAGUUCCAGACUAAAUGAUCAAGAAAACAAACAGAAGUUUGAGGAAUAUCUUUCAACAAUGAACAGCUCAGAAGGCAUUUGUCUUCUCACUACUUUUGCUCAGAUGGCACAAACCAAACAUCAAGAUGUGGACGAAGAGCUGGUUCAAAGCAUAGCCUUGGAGAUUUAUGAGGUAUCCUACGUGAGCCUCUCUACCAGAGAGACAUUUUCUAAAGUGGGUCGUGAGCUUCUUGCCACAAUCACUUUUGUGCACACUAGUAUGAUUUCUGUCCUCCUAGAACGCGUCCGGGCCACCAUUGAUGAAGUGGGAAUGGUAUCCUUAUAUUUAUUUAAAGAAUUGCCUUUACAUAAAUGGCGUCCAACCUCCUCUGAAAUCGGCAUGAUUCGUGACUGGCUGCUCAAUCACAACCUCUCCGAGGUGGAAAACAAGCUGGCCUGUGUUAUACUGGAAGGUCUCAACUGGGGGUUUAACGAAGAGAACACUCUUCACCUCGAUGCUGCCGUUCAUGUUGAAGUUGCCCUUAUGGUCCUUGAAGCAUACCAGAAAAAUAUCACGGAGAAGCCGUACACCGGACUGAUUUCAGAAAGCAUAAAGCAGGUAUCUUACUUAGCCAGUAUUGUCCGAACGGGUCAAACACCUGAAGCUUCUUUCAAUCAGUGGGCUUGGGAUCUAGUGCUAAGGCUCAAAUUGCACAGAAAUGACAACCUGAAGCAGCUGUGUGAUAAAGUUCCUGACUUGACAGAAGCCUCUAUUCUGCAUCCCGUGCUUAAAGCAGUGAAGCUGGGUAUCCCUAUUGGCUGUUACAUUGCUCUUGCGGUUUCCUCAAUUGGACACAGUGUUGACAAGUUCUGUGCAGAAGGUGUUACUUUGCUGGGAGAACUGAUCCAGUCCAGGCACCUGCGGGCCGUUGUUCACCUUUUGGAUAAAAUUCUGCCCAUGUUUUACCCCUGCCAGAGCUAUCUCCUUAAGAAUGAGUUGUUUUUGUCCUACAUUUUACUCUUCCUUCAGCUGGACAGUGGAGCUCCUCAGGGUAUGACCAUGCAAAUGACACAUAAAGUUACUCAACACUUGACUGGAAUUAAUUAUGGAGAAAAUGUGAAGCUUUUAACAAAUAUGGUGCAUUCUCAUAUAGCUGCAAGCAACAGUUCCAAUGAAGUGGGUGCUGUGGCUGUCCUUGAGUUUUGGACUCAAGUCCUCAUUAGCCAGCAGCUGUGGCACAGGGAUAAAGGAACUCUCCACCUGAUGGAUGAGCUGUGCAAGGCAGCAUUCAGAUACCUGCAAGAGGAAUGUGUACAGAAACUGCUCUACCAACAGCACAAGGAUGCGUUGGGAUAUCACUGUGACCGUGGCCUGAUCUCUUCAUUUGUGGGUUGGAUUGUAGCUGGCAAUGUGACUCCUUCCUUCAUUGAUUCCGCCUACAACCCCUCGCAGAUCUGGUUCUCUUGGAUGGUCCUUAACACAGAGUCUCUGUUUGAGGAAGAUUCACAGCUACGUAGAGUUGUUGAAUGGGAACUUGUCAGCAAUCCAUCCAUUACUCCAGAUCAGGCUCUUAAGAAAGCUCAGCAGCAGUUGAAGUUACCCAUAGUGCCUUCAGUACAGAGGUUAAUGAUUUAUCGUUGGGCUCAUCAGGCUUUAGCUACUCCAGCAGAUCAUCCUCUCUUACCAUUCUUUUGGCAAAAGUUCUUUCUCCUUUAUCUUAAUCGUCCAGGACCCCAGUAUGGACUUCCAGUAGAUGGCUGCAUUGGAAAGCGUUUUUUCAGCAGCCAUGCUCAUGCCCAUCUCCUGAAGCAGAUGAAGCGCCGUCUGAUGGAAGUGGCAGAUUUUCACCAUUCAGCCAGCAGGGCUUUGAGAGUCCUGGUCCCUAUGGAUGGAUCACCUGUGUUUUCAGACUCUGGGGGAAGCAGCCAAGAGUGUAUGACCCCUCCUGACCUGCACAAGGAACUGGUGCGGUUAUACAAUGUGUUUAUUGUUUGGCUGGAAGAUGAAAAUUUUCAGAAAGGUGAUGUGUACAUCCCCUCUUUGCCUAAACAGUAUGAUACUCACCGUCUGGCUAAGAUCAUGCGUAAUGAACAGAGUCUAUGGAUGGAGUUUAUAAAUAUGGAGCGCAUUACAUAUGAAAUUCAAGAUGCUAUAAGUCUGUGGACUCAAAUCAAGUUGGAGAUGGAUACAAGUAUGCUUGCUCCAGGGCAGUCAAUGCAUCUACCAGACCCCUCGACAGCAAAAGAGAGAAUUUUCAGCAAUCUGAAGAAGCACAAUAUCCCUUGCCCUGGCAUCACAUUGCAACUUAUGAAGUCUCCUGUGCCAGUCAUUUCACCUUCCUGUUACAUUAAUGUCCAGGAAGCAAUGAAGCUUGUUCACAAAGACCUUACUAUAUUACAACAAUAUGCAAAAUCUGCAUCAAUGAGGGAAUCUCAACAAGUAGCCUUAGAUAGCGAGAUGCUUGAUACAAUCCCAAAAUUAUAUGUCAACCGGGAAGAGCAAAUUGAAAUGAAGAUCGAAUGUCGAGGAAAUCUGAAUAAAUCCUGUUCUGGACCAGCUGUAGUGACUGUCAAGUUUGAAGGCAUGCAGAUGGACGAAGCAAUCAGCCAACAACUUCAUGUCCUGCGACGAGAAAUGAAGCAGUUACAGACUGACGCUACCAAACCUACGACACUGAGCAUUAUCGAAACAGCUGUACAUCUUGAGAACUUUAUAACGGCUCUUGUGAAUGCUUUCAAAGUGCAGUCUCCCCUUGAGAUACAAAAAAUUGGGAUUGGCACAUUCUUUGCAGUGGUGGAGUUUGUCUGUGAUGAAACCCAACGGCACCCUCCAUCCCGUCAAUUCUUUACCUCUUGCAUUGAAAUCUUGGGUCAGGUGUUUAUCAGUGGAACUCAGUCUGAAUGUAGGCCCAUCCUUCAAACCAUUUUGCAGAAUAGGAGGUUGUGCACUCUGCUGUCUCCUUACUUUACACCAGCCGCCUCCCCUGGGGAGUUUGUACAGUUAUAUGAAAAAGUGGUGGAAGCCAUCAAUGAAGAUAACAGUGAUGUCAUCUUUAUGCUGCUAACCAAGUUUGACCUUAAUCACUGGUUAAACUCUGCCAAGCCUUCUAUGUCAGAGCGGACUAAGCUGCUUGAAUGUGUCCAUUUGGCUCUGACUCUCUGUGGCCUUGUACCAGAAGAGGACCUACUGAUGCCUUUCAAUAUCUUCUGUAAGCACUGGAACUCCAUCCUUCGCUACCAGUUUCCAGAUCAUUACAGUGACUGCCUGCGGCUGCUUAUGCAAAGUUCUUCAGAACAGCUGUUGAGUCCUGAAUGUUGGAAAACCUCUCUGAAGGCCGUAGGGUGCUACACACCACGAAAACCCCAAACCACCUUAAAACAAGAGUCCGCUGAUCCUCUUGCCUACCCAAGCUCUGCAAGUAAAAUGAUGUUAUCAGCAGAGCAGGUGUUGGAGACCAUUAAUUGGCUGUCAGAUUUUUUCUACAAGUUACGCUUGUCCAAGUCUGACUUUGAGAGCUUUGGUUUAUUUUCAAAAUGGAGCACUUAUAUCCCUGAAGUAAAGAUAUUUUUAGAAUACCUGGUAAAAAGUCUCAUUGAUUAUGAAUUUGAAGCAAUGGGAAGUCACAGAAUCCAGGCAGUGCUAAAAUCUCUUCAUUCUAUUAUUACUGAACUUUUCAAGCCUUGGCUGCUGGUUCUAGAUAAAGAUGAGAACAGCAAUCAACGCUGCUAUCCAUGGCUAGAAAAUGACACACCUCUUGCCACUGGAAUGGUUCGAUUAUUUGCGGACUGCAUUCUUACACUACAUCAGAAAUGUCAGGAUCACUUACUGCCAGGCGAGCGUGGUGCUCUGUGGUUGCAUCUCAUGCACUACUGUGAGUCCUGCACAGCUCCUAAGCUUCCUGAGUUUAUUCUGUACGCAUACCACACAGAGUACAUCAAACUCCCCUGGAAGGAUAUGCAUCCUGACCAAACGCUGAUGGAGGAGUUCUUCAAGGUAGAAAGGGGGAGCCCCAAAAGCUGUUUUCUCUUCCUGGGAGCUGUUCUGUGUGAAGUAAACUGGGUGAGCGUACUCUCAGAUGCCUGGGGUCCAAUGCCUCAUCCAGAAACACACCGUAUGUUGGUCUGUCUCUUGUUUAUGAUGGUAUUUCUCACUAAGGAGGAAAAGCUUAUUAAUGAAGCGGGGGCUCCGCUAAUUAAUCUUUUAGGGGAGGCCGGCACCAUGUCCUGGCACCUUGUGGAUGCAGUGUCAUACCAGAACGUAAUAGGAUAUUUUAGCAGUCAUUAUCCUCCCUCCAUAAUCCUGAGUAAUCACCUGGCAGAUGAGCUGCUUCUGAAGCUGUUAAAGGUCUCAGCAGGGCUUACCUGCUUUCCAGAAAAUAAUGUGUAUUCUGACGUCACCCCCAAAUGCCGAAUCUACAUUCAGCAGAUGGUUCAGUUUCUUGGCUCUUUGGAGCAGAAUGCAAAAAUAAGCCUUGGAGAGAUGGAGCAAGAGAUGUCCAAACUUCUCGAUGACAUUGUAUUAUUCAGUCCCCCAGAUCUUGAGGUCCAGAAACGCCAUAUGGCUCUGAGUAGCCUCUUUAUGGAGCUCCUAAUGGUGAUGAAUAAUGCCAGUGUGACCACAGCUGAAUCACUGCGGGGAGCCUUGCUGAAGUGGAUUGAUAGUAAAGUGCAAGGCCUGCUUGUGAUGCCUCUUUUAACAGCUGCGUGCCAGAGUCUGGCAUCGAUCAAACACAUGGCAGAGGCCACUGAAGCCUGCAUCCUGGCUUACUUCAAAGAUGAAUCUCUUCACAUUCAGAAUCCAGGCUGGGGCCCAAUCCUGGCCUCUCUGCAAGUCCCCGAGCUUACUACUGAGGAAUUCCUACAGGAAUGUCUGUCCCUUGGAAGCUAUCUGACCCUUCAUGUGUAUGUCCUGCAGUGUUUAAACCGGGAACAGACCCUCCCCAACGAGCUGAGAGUUUUGGUGAAAAUCUCAAAAUGGCUGGAACAAGUGCAACCAAGCUCGGUGAAUGAAGAACCCAAGCUGUUCCUUUGGUUUCACAAAGCUUUACAGCUCUCUCUGAUCCAAGUGGAACAAAACGAUAGUAUCGUCACAGAGAACAUCCUUCGAAUACUGCUUUCGGUUCAGAGUAGACUGUCUCUUCUAGGUGAAGAAAGAAUGACGUCUGGAAUUCUUGGUGUUAUUGGGUUGGGAAGAAAGUCUCCUUUAUCAGCAAGGUUUCGGAUCAUCGCUCGUAGUCUGGCUGCAUUCGUUUUGGCACAGAUCCCUGCAGAAAAUCAAGUCCGCCUUAAGGCUGGGUCUGGAUUGCACUUGUCACAAAAGGCUCAACAGGCUUUGGCUGUAUUUGAGUCCAUGACCUCAAGCAAACAGUAUGCAGAGUAUCAGGAACAGAUAUCGCAGGCUGCCCAGUUUAUCCGAUACCCAGGACACUGCCUUCAAGAUGGAAACACGCUGCUAGCUCUUCUCAUCAACUCACUGUAUCCAGAAGUGCAUUAUCUUAAUAUUAUACGAUAAAACCAACAAAGCCUGGGACUUUUUUACAGCUUCUUUUUUGUAACUGUUUAAU